GACAAGGGGUGGAGUCUGAGCUCAGUGAGUUUAAAUCAGUACAAGCAACAGGAACAGCUCAUACCACAUAUGCUGCUCUGAGAGAAAACAAAAGAGAGCGAGAGAGAAAGAAAGAGGGGAUAAAAUUUAAACACCAUGAGCGUUCUGCUGCAAAUUCUACUUGCUUUAAUUAUCUCUCUGCUUGGAGGACUUUACAUUCUUGGAGCCUUUCGCCAACGAAGGUCUGGAGAACCUCCUCUGGAUAAAGGUCCUCUCCCAUGGCUGGGACAUGUUCUGGAGUUCAGGAGGGACACUGCAAAGUUUCUGGAGAGGAUGAGAAAAAAGCAUGGGGAUAUUUUUACUGUGCAGCUAGGAGGGUUUUACUUCACCUUCAUCACAGACCCACAUUCUUUUGGCUCGGUGGUUAAAGAAGCCCGGAACAAACUGGACUUUAAUGAGUUUGCCAGGCUCCUGGUCAGGCGUGUUUUUGGCUACCAUCCCAUAGAAGGAGAUCAUAAGCUCAUUCAGGCUUCCAGCAACAAGCAUCUGAUGGGUGAAGGCCUGGUGGUGUUAACGCAAUCGAUGAUGAACAACCUGCAGAACCUCAUGCUGCACAGUAUCGGGUCUGGAGAUGAUAAAGAUGACAGGCUGUGGCACGAGGACGGGCUCUUUAUUUACUGUUACAACAUUGUGUUUCGUGCUGGAUAUCUGGCACUUUUUGGAAACGAAGUGGCAAGUACUUUAGAAAGUGUGGAUAAAGCAAAGGAGGUUGACCGAAAGGAAUCAAAUGAGCUCUUUCAUGAGUUCCGUAAAUAUGAUCAACUUUUCCCAAAGCUGGCCUACGGAGUUCUGGGACCAUCUGAGAAAAUGGAAGCAGAAAGGCUGAAAAGACUUUUCUGGAAAGUCCUUGCUGUGGAGAAAAUAAAGACCAAAGAGAACAUAAAUGACUGGGUGUCUGAAUCUCAUCAUGUGCGUGCUGAGCAUGGAGUGCCCGAAUCCAUGCUGGACAGAUACAUGUUCUUGCUCCUAUGGGCAUCCCAGGGUAACACUGGUCCUGCAUCAUUCUGGCUUCUCCUGUUCCUCAUGAAGCACCCAGAAGCCAUGGAGGCAGUGAAAAACGAGGUUGAUAAGGUCCUGCAUGAAACUGGACAGGAGGUGAGGCGUGGUGGUCCAUUGAUUAAUCUGACCCGAGACAUGCUGCAGAAAACUCCGGUUCUGGACAGCGCGGUAGACGAGAGUCUGCGCAUGACAGCUGCUCCCAUGCUCACACGAGCUGUAAUAGAAGACAUGACCCUGAAAAUGGACAACGGGCAUGAAUACAAGGUCCGCAAAGGUGACCGCGUGGCCCUCUUCCCUUACACUGCUGUCCAGAUUGACCCGGAGGUGCACCCUGAUCCACACACCUUUAAAUACAACCGCUUCCUCACACCUGAAGGUGGGAAAAAGGCCGAAUUCUACAAAGGAGGAAAAAAACUGAAGUACUACAACAUGCCGUGGGGUGCUGGGACCAGCAUGUGUCCCGGGAGGUUCUUUGCAGUCAACGAGCUCAAGCAGUUCAUCUUCCUCAUGCUUACAUAUUUUGACUUUGAGUUGAAAAACCCAGAUGAAGAGAUCCCAGAUAUUGAUGUAAGGCGUUGGGGAUUUGGGACGAUGCAGCCAACACGUGAAAUCCCAUUCAGAUAUAGACUCAGGUUUUAAAAUGUUCAUGUUAUUAACAUUCUACACUUUACCUGAUUGCUAAGUCAGGGAUGAUGAUUCUUUUUCCCCGCUUCUUCUUUUUCUUUCUAAUUAUUAUUAUUAUUAUUAUUAUUAUUAUUACAAUUUUGUUCUAUGAAAACCAUAGGUUUUGGAUGAAUAAAAAUGAUGUGAUUAUUAUUAUCAGCACUCUAGAUUUUUAUUAGGCAUAUUAUACAUGAAUGGAAGUACAACUAAAUGACAGUAGGUGAAGUAGAACUUGUGUUAAAAGAUCAAACACAUGCCCACACACACACAUUUCCCAAUACUGUGGUCAUGCAGCAAUUCUGCUUUUCACACACCACAGCAGUAACACUCACCUCCUAUCACUCGUCACACCUCAUUUUACUAAAACAACUAACAAAGGUUCUCCCUCAACAAGAUCAUGACCCCUGAGAAACACCAACAUUAGGAAUCAUUACAUGAUGGUCCUUUUGUAUUUGAUAUUAUAAAUAAAUUAAGUCUCCAUUUUAAAACAUUAUUUAGUCAGUACACACUAAAAAACGCUGGGUUGUUUUUUCUACCCCAGCGCUGGGUUGCCUCUGUUGAGUCAUUUUUCUGGGUUAUUUACAGAGAGUUGGGUAGUUUUUGUGUAACCCAGCUUCUGGGUUAAAGUUUGGUUGGCCCCUCCCCCAACUCUGGUGUAUUCAGCGUCUGUCAGCUUCGUGUCUCUCUUGAGCUCCCACACCGCUGAUGUCGGUUCAUCCCCCUCGUGCAUUUAAGGGAAAAUGACGUUAAAUACGAGGUUGGCACCAACAUGGUGGAAUACCUCCAUCAGGCUGAAGUGUCAGGGCCGUAUCCCUACUGUACAUCCUGACAUUGGGAGAUAAUGACCAGCGCUGCUCUCAGGCGUUCCUCAUUCUGGUGGUUUGAUUCAUUGUGUCAGAGGCAGCAGAAUCCCAUGUCGUUUUUUUCAACAAUGUGAACGUGACAGGCAAAAUUAUUAGUCAUGUUGUCAGUAGAAAAUCAUACUCAAUUUUAGUUAUUUAAAUUAUACUAAA